UUUCCAACUGGAUCACAGGAAACACCAGAGAUGGAAUUAAUGGAGAAAAUGACCUACUCCACAGUGUAAAGUCUGAUGUUGGAGGGCUGUUCCGAAGGCUCUGGUCGCCAAAAAAGAAGAUGGCUGAGGGAUGGAGAGAGAAAUAGAGGGAUAGAGAGAGAGAAAGAGGGGGGGAGAGAGAGAUUAGGCAAACUCAUAGCUGUGUGCCAAGCUUAGAGUGGAGAGAGAAACGGCACAGAGAAAGAGGAGAGAGACGUUUCUAAUUCUCUAAGACUUCGUCCUGCCAUCAAACAGACAAUAACAGACAUGACUCUGGAUUUGGAGAAGAUUAUUCAGUCCAUUAAGCAUGGGGAUCAGGAUGGGGUUCAGACCCAACUAGACGCCUACAAUGUUGAGUAUGCAGAAUGUUUUUUCUUCAACGUUGAAAAGAGAGAGAGGAGAAAGCAACAAGUGCUGGAUGAGUUCAGACAGAACAAAAUGAGGGAGUAUGUUCCAGACUCAGACUCAGAUUUCAACUCUGACCCAGACGAUGCAGAGGUCUCUGAUCUUCUCCUUAGACGAAGGCUGGCAGCAGCGUUGGUGUGGUUCAUCCGUACCCACCUUCAGCCUGGAGUGUUACAAGUGUGUCUGCGCACGCUCCGCAUUCUCUCCCGUGACCGCCAGGGCUUGGCACCCCUAGUCACAGACACGGCUCUCCUUACCCUCGCCCAGCUGGGGGGAAUAAGCUCUCUGCCUGUCCUUGAUGGCCAGGAUGAACAAGAGAAUGACAAUUACCACUUAGAGCUACACAGCCAUGAAACCAGGAAACCCACAGUUGAUGAGGUGAACACUUGCGAGGUAGCCUCAGAGGUUUGCUUAUUAUCAGUGGAUGCCAAUGAAGGAUCUUUCACCGAGACCUGCUCUAUAGUUGAAGUCUGCUCCAGUAUUACCACCCCGGAGAAGCACAGUGAUAUGGUGGGUGCUGGCAUGAUGGUAUCCUGCAGUGAUCACCACUGCCCCAACGUUAGAGGGGAAGGAGGCCACAGGACUCUGGCAUGUGGAAAGAAGGAAGCCAGAGAAGAGAUAAAGGUGGAGGAGGAGUAUGCGGAGGAUGGCGAGGUGUGGAGAAGAGAGGCCAUAAAAACCUUAUGUAACAUUAUUUAUAACAGCCAGAGGGCGCAAGAUAGAGCCAGUGCAUUGAGGUUGCUUCCUGGUCUUUCAGAGAAGCUGAAGCUGGGGGUCAGUGACAGAGCCCCCUCCAGUGGUCAGUUUUAUGAACUGCGUUUGCUCUUCUUGAUAACUGCGCUGAGGCCUGAACUCGGGGUGCAGCUACGGCAGGAACGAGGAGUUUCCAUGUUGAUUGCGGUUCUGGAGCAAUGUCUAGUGGUGCAGUGGGCCGACUCUCACAAGGUGAUUCUUGACCACAGAGCGCCCCCUGUCUCCAAGGAGGUGUCACAGCGGGCUAUUGAAAUCCUCAAGAUCCUGUUCAACAUCACCUAUACCUUGCACAGAGAGGACCCUGAUGAGGUGAGGGAAAAUGUCCCUGAUGAGGAGGAUGCUGUGCUCUAUCGCCGCCUAGCUGCAGUGCUACGCCAUUGCCUGCUUCUCUCUUGUGAUGGAGAGGACCUGACUGAGAAAUUACAAGGACACACGGUAAACAUCCUCUCCACCCUGCCCCUGAGAUGUCUGGAUGUCCUGCUGUCUGUGCGCCUGUCUGAGGGCUCCCGUGAGUGGGAAGGGGUCAACAUGGACUGUGUCCACACCCUCCUGCUCUUCAUGGAGAAGCUCCUGGAUAGGGGUCAAAGGUUGAAGGAAAAACUGACCCCUGUGCUAAACUUGUUGACUGAGAGCUGCCGGGUCCACCAGGAGAUGCGUCACUACCUCAAACAGCAGAUCUUACCCCCACUGAGGGACGUUGCCAUCAGACCAGAGCAGGAGUCAACACUGAGAGGCUGUCUGGUCAGGCUGAUGACCAACGUGGACACCGCCAUCAAACACUGCGCCGCCGAGCUUCUCUUUGUGCUCUGCAAGGAGAACGUGUCUCGUUUUGUGAAGUACACGGGAUACGGGAACGCCGCCGGUUUGCUGGCAGACUAUGGUAUGCUGGGCGGCAGUCGACCAUCAACCAACACCCAGUACUCAAGUGAUUCCGACUCAGAUACGGAGGAGUACAGAGAAGCCAAAGGUCGCAUCAACCCGGUGACCGGGCGGGUGGAGGAGGAGCAGCCGGACCCCAUGGAGGGAAUGACGGAGGAAGAGAAGGAGGAAGAGUCCCGGCUUCUCAUCAGCAUGUUCAACAGGCUCUCACAGGACAAGAUCAUCCAGCCAAUGGGAGUGAUAGCAGAGGGGAGAUUAGCUCCACUGUGUGGUCAGAUGUUGGGGUGUACUCUAGAGGAGGAGGAGGAAACUGAGGGAGAGAGUGAAGAUGAAAUGGAGCACUAGGCAAGGAGGGUGAAAUGAGAGAGCAAUAUUAAAACCUACAAGAUCUUGUACACAGGAAAGACAGGAAGUGUUUCAUUUUGGCAAGAUCGCUUGUAUUUGUAUUAUAUAGCCCCUUGUGUCUAUUGUCAAAAAAGCACUUUACUUCCCUAGCUGUGUUUAAGAUUUGAAUCAGCUCCCACUGAUUUGGUAGUAGCUUGACAUGAAACAACACAUAAGCCAUGCAUACAAUAUAACAUAUAUAGCUAGGCAGCUUUCAACUGGAAAACAACUAACACUUUUGCAGCUAAAUAAAUUGGCACAAGAUGUACUAUUUUAUUCUCACCAUGGCAA